AUGAGGAAGAUGCUGGCCGCCUUUGUCUCCCGCGUGUUGACGGGUGUCACCCAGAAGCCAGCUCGCAGAGUGCUGGUGGCAUCCUGUAACUACUCAAAAGACGCUACAUUUGAAAUCAGGAACUGUGAUCUUUACCGGUUGGAGGGGGGUCCCCCUGUCACUGCGGUGCUCACCAGGGAGGAUGGGCUCAAGUACCACAGGAUGAUGCUGGCUGUCCGCCGCCUGGAGUUGAAGGCAGAUCAGCUGUAUAAGCAGAAGUUUAUUCGUGGUUUCUGUCACUUGUGCGAUGGCCAGGAAGCCUGCUGUGUGGGCCUCGAGGCAGGCAUAAAUCCCUCGGAUCAUGUCAUCACGUCCUACAGGGCUCAUGGCAUAUGCUACACUCGAGGACUUACUGCCCGAUCCAUUCUCGCUGAGCUGACGGGGCGGAGAGGAGGUUGUGCCAAGGGAAAAGGGGGGUCCAUGCACAUGUAUGCCAAGAAUUUCUACGGGGGCAACGGCAUCGUGGGUGCGCAGGGGCCCCUGGGAGCCGGCGUUGCUCUGGCCUGCAAAUAUAAGGGAAACAGUGAGAUCUGCCUGACCCUAUAUGGGGAUGGCGCCGCUAACCAGGGACAGAUAGCCGAAGCAUUCAACAUGGCAGCUUUGUGGAAAUUACCUUGUGUUUUCAUCUGUGAGAAUAACCGUUAUGCAAUGGGAACGGCAGUCGAGAGAGCAGCGGCCAGCACUGAUUACUACAAGAGGGGCAACUUUAUCCCUGGGCUAAGGGUAGAUGGAAUGGAUGUUCUCUGUGUUCGUGAGGCAACCAAGUUUGCAGCUGACUACUGCAGGUCUGGAAAGGGGCCCAUCCUGAUGGAGCUGCAGACCUACCGUUAUCACGGACACAGCAUGAGUGAUCCUGGAAUCAGUUAUCGUACACGAGAAGAAAUCCAGGAUGUAAGAAGUAAGAGCGACCCUAUAAAGCUUCUCAAAGAUAAAAUGAUAAACAGCAAGCUCGCCUGUGUUGAAGAGUUAAAGGAAAUUGAAGUUGAAGUGAGGAAAGAAAUUGAUGAUGCGGCCCAGUUUGCUACAACUGAUCCUGAACCACCUUUGGAAGAAUUAGGCCAUCACAUCUACAGCGAUAAUCCAUCUUUUGAAGUUCGUGGUGCAAAUCCAUGGAUCAAGUUUAAGUCCCUCAGUUAAAGGGAGACCAUGUACAUUUAUUAUCAGUCUUGCAAUGGGACGUUCGUGGUUAACUUUCAGAUGCUGUUUGUGUUCUCUGUUAAGGAAGAAUAAAACUCAUAAAACAAAA